AUGGCUAUUUUGAAGAUCAUCGUUGUUGGUGCCGGUCCUUCGGGACUGCUCCUUGCCCUCUUGCUAGCAAAUGCGGGAAUCAACGUCCAAGUGUUAGAGGCGGCGUCGAAACUUGAUGAGUCGCCUCGAGCAACACAUUAUUCAUGGCCUGCCCUAUACGAGCUGAAACGAGCCGGUAUCCUUGAAGAAGUUCGCGAGCGAGGAUUUGUAACCUGGGGUGGAAUUCAAUGGCGAAACCUUGAGGGUACUCUGCUGGCUCGUUUCAAUCCAGACGCCAUCCUCAAAGACAAUCGAUUGCAUUGUCUUCCCCUGGGCAAACUCUGUAACCUUAUGAAGGAACAUCUUGACAGACGACCGAAUGCUGAAGUCAAGUAUAUGCAUAGGGUCAGUAAGAUCGACCAGACGGAAGCUUGUGCGCGCGUCUGGGCCCAAACCCCCCACGGGGAGCAGACUUUCGAGGCUGAUUAUGUCGUGGGGUGUGAUGGUGCAAGUAGUCAGAUUCGUCAAGCCCUUUUCGGUGAUGACUUUCCCGGAAGAACCUGGGACGAACAGAUCGUUGCUACAAACGUAUACUACAACAUCGAGCGCCAUGGCUGGGACCAAGGGGCUUUCAUCGUCGAUCCAGUCUACUGGUCAAUGGCCCUUCAAAUCAGCCUGGAUGGGAUGCUGCGAGUCACAUACGGCGAGGUUCCAGGCUUAACGAGAGAAGAGUAUCUCACUCGCCAACCAGAGAAGUUUCGAACCAUCCUUCCCGGCCAUCCGUCUCCAGAGGAUUAUAAGAUUGUCAAUUUCAGUCCCUACAAGAUCCAUCAGAGAUGUGCAAAGAGUUUCCGUGUCGGACGCUUUCUGCUGGCCGCCGAUGCGGCACAUCUUUGCAAUCCCUUUGGUGGGCUAGGCCUUACUGGCGGAAUAGUAGACGUUGGCAAUCUUUUCGACUGUCUCAAUGGCAUACAUCAAGGGUUGGCCGACGAAAAUAUCCUAGACCGAUAUAAUCAGGUCAGACGGGAGAAGUAUUUCGAAUUCAUCGAUCCUGUCUCGAGUGCCAACCUCCGCCGCCUCAUUCAAGAUCCCGAAGUGGCUAUGAAGGAAGAUAGUUUUUUCAAGAUGGCAAAAGACUUUGAGGAUGCAGAAUUUUGUGCUCGCCUUGGUUUGGGGGUCAAUGCCAUUAUGCAUGACUUUACUCAGGAAUAUCGCAAGGCGGGGGAAGCAUUGCCCGAAAACCUGCAGUCGAAGACAUAA